UAUUCAAAUAACCUUUUCAAGUCCAAUAAACAAGUCACUUCUCCUUCUUCCAUCUACUGCUUCUAUUCUUCUUCACGCUCCCUCCCUCUCUCUCUCUCUCUCUCUCUCUCUCUCUCUCAUUGAAAACAUUUCUUCACCUUCUCAUCUAUUAACACUCUGUUCCUGACAUUCUUCUAUCUCUGCUUCCCUGUUCUCUCUCUCAUAUUGAGUAAAGUUAAUACUUUCUUUUGAUAUUUUCUCGUAAACACACUCUGUCUUUCUUUCCCUGUAAAUAGCAACCAUCCAUGGCUGCCAACAAGUUUGCCACCAUGCUACAUAGAAAAACCAACAAACUUACUCUUAUUUUAGUAUAUGCAAUGCUUGAAUGGAUUUUGAUCGUUCUUCUUCUCCUAAAUUCUCUGUUUUCUUAUUUGAUAAUCAAGUUCGCUGAUUAUUUUGGACUUAAAAGGCCCUGUCUUUGGUGUUCUAGGCUUGAUCACUUAUUUGAGCCAGCUAAGUUUCAAAAUUCUUAUAGAUCUCUUGUUUGUGAAGAUCAUGCCACAGAAAUUUCGAAAUUGGGUUAUUGUUCAAAUCAUCGAAAACUAGCUGAAUCGCAAGUUAUGUGUGAGGAUUGCUCUUCCUCUAAUCAUGGCGAAUUAUCCACCAAGUUUGCUUUUUUUCCAUGGAUGAAGAAACUUGGAGUGAUCCAAGAUUGUUCUAGUGGUGAUAAGGUAAGUGAAAAUCAUGAGGCUAUUUCCAAGUGUUCUUGUUGUGGUGUUAGCUUGGAAGAAAAACAAGGAGAUAAUUAUGUGAUUAAGUCUUUCUGGAGAGAUUCAGAUAAUACCCAGAAAGGAAUUUUUAUUUUGGAAGAGGAAUUUGAUGAUAAAAUUGAUGAAGAAGAAAAAAAAUCAGGGUUUGUUUGUGAUCGAUGUGGGUUAGAACAGGGGAUUGAUGAAAACAGAGAAAAACAGGGGAUUGAUAAAAACAGUGGAGUAGAGGAUGAAAACAGAGAGAAAAAGACAGAGGAGAAUUUUUCAUGUUUUGUUUCUAGUUUUGAUUGUAAGGAAAUGGUUUCUGAUGAAAGCGAAUCAUUCGUAGAAAAAGAGCAAGAAUCAGUCAACAAGGAUGAUUUAAAUGUGUCAGUGGAAUACCCCUCUAUUAAUCAGGCACCGAUGGUUCAAGAAGGUUGCGAUAAAGAUAUUUCUGGUGAAAAUAUGCAACCUCAGCAUUUAGAGUUCUACAUUGAUCAAGAAGAUUUCGAUUUGAUUCCAAUUGGUUUGAUGGGUUCUAGUCCGACGGAGAAGCAAAAAGAAGAGGAGGAAAAUUGUGGCAAUGAGGAUUUUGUUUUGGAGUUUGAUAAGCAUGUGGGGACACAAUAUCAUUUGGUUGUGGAAGAAAGGACCAGUUUUGAUGAGAAAGUGCCAUUGCUUCCCAUUCAGGAGAGUGAGGAGGAAAAUAUGGUUGACUCAUGGGAGUUUAACGAAAAUGAGAGUUCCUUAGGAGUACAAGCUGACUUUGAACUGGUGAAAGAGGACUUAGAACUAGUUGGCAAUGCUCAACCGCCACGAACCCCUAAUGGCAAUGGUUAUGAUGUUCAAGAACGUUUAGAGAUAGCAGGAGAAGAAAUGGAAUCAGAUAACAGUCAAGUGUCUGAAGAAGGACUUCAAAUGCAAGGUGAUGAUAUUGAAGCAGAUGUAUCAAUAGGGACAGAGAUUCCUGAUCAUGAACCUGUUGAGGAUUUUCAAACACAAGAAAGUUUUCCUUCAUGUUUGUGCGUACCAGAAAACACUUCAAAUAGCAAUGCUGAUUAUUGUGCCUAUGAUGAUCACGGUUCUAAGCAAGAUGAAGAUGAUGUAGUAGAACUUAGGACCAUAAAUGUUGAGACAAGCGAACCAGUGAUAAACACUCAUUUGUCAUUGUGUUCAGAAAGCAAUGAUAUCGAGGAAGAUAAGAUUCCUGAUACGCCAACUUCUGUUGAUAGUCUCCAUCAUUUGCACAAGAAACUGCUACUUCUUGAAAGAAGAGAAUCUGGGACAGAAGAGUCUUUAGAUGGAAGUGUUAUCAGUGAUAUAGAAGCAAGCGACGGAGUUUUGACUGUUGAGAAGUUGAAGUCAGCCUUGAGAGCUGAAAGAAAGGCUUUAAAUGCUUUGUAUGCAGAAUUAGAAGAAGAGAGAAGUGCUUCUGCAGUGGCUGCUAACCAGACAAUGGCAAUGAUAAACAGGCUUCAAGAAGAAAAGGCUGCAAUGCAGAUGGAAGCUCUGCAAUAUCAGAGAAUGAUGGAAGAGCAAUCAGAGUAUGAUCAGGAAGCUGUGCAGCUUUUGAAUGAACUUAUGGUAAAGAGGGAGAAAGAGAAGGCAGAGUUAGAAAAAGAGCUGGAAGUGUAUCGAAAGAAGGUACAAGAUUACGAGGCAAAAGAGAAAUUGAUGAUGUUGAAAAGAAGGAAAGAAAGUAGCACAAGGAGCGGAACUUCUUCGGCUUCUUGUAGCAAUGCUGAGGAUAGUGAUGGAUUAUCUGUUGAUUUGAACCAUGAAGUGAAAGAAGAAGAUGGUUUUGAUAACCAUCAAGAAAGUAGUAACCAGAACACCCCUGUUGACGAAGUUCUUUAUUUGGAAUUGGCUAAUUUUGAAGAGGAGAGGUUAUCCAUUCUGGAGCAACUCAAGGUUUUGGAGGAGAAGCUUUUUACACUUAGUGAUGAAGAAGAAGAGCAUUUCGAAGACAUAAAACCAAUUGAGUAUUUUUAUGAAGAGAAUGGCAAUGGCUACAAUGAGAAUUUGGAUCAUAGCAGUGAAGUAAAUGGAGUUGCAAAUGGUCAUUACAAGGAAAUGAAUGGAAAACUUCAUCAAGAAAGAAAAAUAAUUGGUACAAAGCCAAAGAAACUUCUUCCACUUUUUGAUGCCAUUGAUGCAGAAACUGAAGAUGGGAUGUUAAAUGGGCAUGCAGAAGUAGUUGAUUCUGUUGCUUUGCUGAAAUCAAUCAAUAAAUUCAACAUAGAAAACAAGAAACUUUCAAUUGAGGAGGAAGUGGAUCAUGUCUAUGAAAGGCUACAAGCACUUGAGGCAGAUAGAGAGUUUCUUAAGCAUAGUAUAACCUCUUUGAGGAAAGGAGAUAAAGGGAUAGAGCUUCUGCAAGAAAUUUUACAUCAUCUUCGCGAUCUGAGAAAUGUGGAGCUUCGCGUAAGGAACAUGGGGGAUGGUGCUCUAUAAUGACAAUGUGCUCAAACAUGUCAAAGAACAUAACAGAUUUCAUUAUGGAAGAUGAUUCAAACAGCUGCAAAAUUGUAGCUGGAACAGCACUGGCUUUGUUGUUUAAAUGAUACAAAGACCAAAUGCAAAUGCAAUUGCCAAAUAUUUUCAGCCAAAAUAUUUCAUAUGGGGAAGUCUCUUGAUGGAGAGGGAGGCUUCUGCUACGGUCUGUUGGGUGGUCUUGGUGGAAUUCAAGAUAUGAAAGUCUGCCUAUUUUUCAAUUUUGUUUUUUCUUUAACUUUCUUCUCUUUGUCCAAGUAAGCCCAGAUUUUUGGUGGGUUAAGUUGAGUCAGCUUGCCAUCAUCUUUUUGAGGGAAAGGAAGAUGGUGAGUGUAUGUGUGUGUAGGCUAGUGAAAAGAAGCCAAGCUGUCAUUUGUAUGUUGUGAGGAAGAGCCUGGCUUGCAAAGCUGGAGAGCCCCAAUCAAGAUUCCAGUGCCAGGUACAUAGAAGCAUUAGUUUAUUUAGACAAUUAGGAUUAUUAGAACACUCUUUUUGUUCUUUUUUUUUUUUCUCUUUCUUUUUCUUAAAACACUUAUGAGAAGGCAAAAGAAAGGGUAAGUAACCCUUCUUUUUCUUUCUCAUCUUUGCAUCAUUUCUUAAUUUGGUGGAUUGUUUAUUAUUUGAGGGGGGGCAAGGUUGAGUUACUUGUAUACUACAUGUAUCCACUUGUAAAGUACAUAAAAAAAAGUGAGUGUUUGUUAAUUUUAUUU